AAUAGAGCUAGAUUCAUUCAAUCGACAGUGGCCGUCUGACGAGCAACGGGCAGAGAUCGGCGCGUCACUAAUGUUGAAGAUCGUACAUUUCUGCCACAUGUGGACAAAGUGUCUUUUCAUACUAUUUUACACGCAGAAGAUAAACCUUAGGUAAAGGUGCCACUCAUCAGAGCAGAUCUACAGAAGAAGAUGGACAAGAUGCAGUGCUUCAGACCGUCGGGCGAGCCACCUAAAGUGUGGAAACACAUAGAGAAGACGGAUAAGGAUGGGAAAUUGUUGAAGUUCACGAUUCAAGAGAUACCCGAGGACCGGUACGAGGACGCGAUUGAACAUAUGUGCACGUACUACAUAGUUGACGAACCGGUCUGCAAUUAUUUUAAUGCGAAAAACGACCCUUUAUUUGUACAAGACAUAAGCAUGCUAUGGCGUCUAGUACUUAUGCAAGGUAUAUCUAUAGCCGCGUUCGUCGACAAUCCUAACGGUGGGAAACCCAUAAUAGCUGGUAUGAAUGCUUUGGGUAUUGCCGCUAAAAAUGAGAAAGAUUUCAGUGCCGAUUUCCAGCAUAAGUCAAAGAAUGCCAAAUCUUUUAUGGAAAUCUGUAUUCCAACGAAAAUGGUGUACGAAUGUUACGGAAUUGACAAGUAUCUAUUUUCUUUUGGGCUUAGUGUAGACCCCGUUUAUCGAGGAUACGGAUUAGGCAAGGAUUUUUUGAAAAUGAGGGAUCAUAUCGGACCUAAAUACGGAGUAUCAGCGACAUCCACUGUGUUCUCGUCAAUAUUUUCGCAGAAGUCAGCGGCUGAUGCAGGAUUCGAAGAAUUCCUGACGAAAAAAAUCGCCGAUUGGGUGGACGAGAAUGGAAAGGAAAAAUUCCCUGGUAUUAAGUCCAAAGAGUUUAAAUUCAUGGGUAAAAGAUUUUUCUAAUAUGGACUAAUGGAUGUGGCCAAUACUCAAGAAUAACAAGAUUUACUUUAUUUUGUAGAGUAAGUUUUAUGUACCAAUACACAUUAGUAAGUUUCUGUCACAAA